AUGGGCACGGGUCAACUGAUUAAUAUGGAAAAGUCCUCAGUGUUCUUCAGUAGAAAUGUGAAGCAAGAUAUGGUGAUGGCAACCACUCAGGCAUUGGGAGAUAUUCAGUUGGUGACACAAGGGAAAUAUCUAGGACUUCCAAUGGUGGUUACUAGAACCAAACACCAGUUAUUUGGGUAUAUCAGAGACAACAUUCAACAAAGACUGAAAAAGUGGAAAAAUAAACUGUUGAGUACUGCGGGGAAAGAGGUUAUGCUUAAAUCUGUGACUUUGGCAAUGCUAACGUAUACUAUGUCUUGUUUCAAACUCUCCAAGAAAUUGUGCAAGGAAAUAAACUCCACCAUGGCUAACUACUGGUGGGGCGAGGCAAAUGGGAAAAAUAAAAUGCAUUAG